UCUUUUAAGCCAAGAGAAAUGGUUGACAGCAUAGGAGAUAAGGUUCUGGUUAGGGAAUUUGAUGAUGGCAGAGAUAUUGAAAUGGUGGGGAAGCUUGAGAAAAAGUGUGAGAUAGGGUCUAAUAAUAAGGGGACCUCCAUUUUUACAAAUAUGAUGGGUGACCCUUUGUGUAGAAUUAGGUUCUAUCCACUUCAUCUUAUGCUGGUAGCUGAGCUGCGUCAAAAUGGGGAGCUUGUCGGAGUAAUUAGAGGCUGCAUCAAGUAUGUCGGGACUAAAUUUGGAGGAGCACAUGUGAAGUUGGGUUGCAUUCUAGGCCUUAGAGUAUCUCCUAGACAUCGGCGAAUGGGGAUCGGAUUAAAACUUGUGAGAGCAAUGGAAGAAUGGUUGAUAAAUAAUGGAGCACACUACACUUUCCUAGCAACAGAAAGGAACAAUGUUGCCUCUACAAACCUCUUCACUGCCAAAUGCAAUUACAGAAAUUUAAGCUCAUUAGUCAUAUUUGUUCAACCAAUCAGUUUUGCAAUGAAGGGUGGCCUCUCUCAAGAUAUUAAAGUAGAGAAGUUGACUAUAGACCAAGCAAUUUCUUUGUAUGAUAACAAGCUCAGAGGCAAAGAUAUAUAUCUGACUGACAUUGACGCAAUCCUGAAGGAAGAGCUGAGUCUUGGCACAUGGGUAUCUUAUUUCAAACAAGAUGAAUGGAUAGGUUUGCACAGUAAAGAGAAGAAUAAUGAAGAUAUUAUUAGUACAAGUCCAGGCUCUUGGGCCAUGUUUAGCAUAUGGAAUUCUUGUGAAGCUUACAAGAUUCAUAUCAAAAAGUCUCAUCCAUUGAAGUUUUUUCUUGAAACUUUAAGCCACGCAAGAGACAAGAUCUUCCCUUGCCUUAAGAUUCCAAUAUGUGAUUCAGUUGAAAAACCAUUUGGUUUCCUAUUUCUUUAUGGACUUCAUGGAGAGGGAGAGAGGCUUGGGGAGCUCAUGAAAUCUGCAUGGAGCUUUGCAUCAAGAUUGGCAGAAAAUGUAAAGGACUGCAAGGUGAUCAUAACUGAGUUAGGUGUCUCUGAUCCUCUCAUGGAACAUGUUCCCCAUGAGUCAUCUAUGUCACGAAUCGAUGAUCUCUGGUACUUGAAGAAAGUGAACGGAUCCAUCAAUGAUGAGGACGACCUAGGAAUGACGGGAGAACUUGGAAAUGUGGUUGUUGAUCCGAGAGAUUUCUAGAGUUCUUCACUAAA